AUGACUACAUCAUUAAUAAGGAAUAAAAAUAAUCGUCAUUGGAGCGAAGGUACAUUCAUUCAUUUGAUGAAGAACAGAGCCGAUUAUUCAGAAAAAGGAUUAGAAGACAUUUUAGAUUCUGUUGGUGCUGAAGAGAAUAAUGAGUAUAAUGAGAAAGUGAAUGAAAACACUGCUGCAAAUGAACCAACUCAACAGUUUGAAAAUACAAUACCUAAAGCUUUAACUUUGACCCAAGAAUCUAAAGAUAAAGGUUUCAUUUGUUGUAUAUGGUUAAAAUCGACUGGUGAUGCUUAUCAGUGUCCAUAUUGUGGACUAACAUUAAUACACUCUGUGGAAAUUGUACACAUCAAAAAGAAUGAAGAAGGUGUAAAACUUAACAGGAAAGGAUAUGUUGAAGAAAUUAAAUCAGCAAGAUUACUUUAUCUGUUGGAUAAAACAAACAAGAAAAAACACGAAGCUAUUGAAAGAUGGAAAAAUGUUUUUAACGAAGUAUUAAAAAAACAGGAAUUUCGUUAUAUAUCUUAUACGUUUCUGAACAGUUUUUUAUUACAAGGAGAAUUAGAAGAAUAUUCUAAUUGCUUAGUUCCUCUUAUACCAAUAUGUUUUGUUAUAAUUUUAAUAUUUUCUUUUAUUAUUUGCAUGACAAACGAUACAAUUAAAGGUAAACCUUGGUUAGGUUCUAUGGCAUGUAUUUCAGCUUGUCUAUCAGUUUUAAGUGGAAUGGGAUUGCUCCUAUGGUUUGGUUUCGAAAAUGUUGACGUUGUCUUCGCUUUAUUUUUUAGUGUUUUAGCAAUGGAAAUAGACGAUGCUUUUAUACUUAUAGCAGCUUGGAGGAGUACGGAUCCAGAAGAUUCUGUAGAAAAUAGAAUGGAAAAAACUUACUCGGAAGCCGCAGUAUCUAUAUUUAUUACAUCUUUUACAAGUUUUCUUUCAUUUUGUAUUGGAAUGUGUUCGAUAUUUCCAGGCAUCCGUAUAUUUACGUAUUUCGCAGGGGCAUUCGUUUGCUUUACUUACAUUUACUUGAUGACUUUCUUUGGAAGUUGCUUAGUGAUCAGUGGUUACAGGGAGCAAAAACGACUACACUGCAUCACUCUUCAAAAAGUAAAAGAUUCGAAAAAUGAAGUUAUGACGAGUGGACAUGUUUCUCUAAAAGAAGAGUUUAUAAUGUCUCAAUUCAGGGAUAAAAUAGGCAAUUUUUUAACACGUAAAAGUGUAAAAUUUAGUGUCAUGUUUAUAUUUUUAUGUAAUCUUGGAAUUGCACUCUGGGGACUAACAUUUACACAAGCUGGAAAUAAUUUCAGUGAUGCUUUCAAAGACGAAUCGAAAUUUUCUCUCUUCUUUAAACUAAACAAGCAUUACUAUCAAUAUGGUUAUGCUAUUAAUGUGAUUAUCAACGAACCAUUAAAUUAUGCUGAUCCUCUGGUUCAAAAUUCAAUAGAAAUACUCUGCAAACAGUUUGAAAAUCAUCCAAAUAUUGCAGAUUCGUCACUACGAUUAUCGUGGUUAAAGGAAUUUCUAAACAUACAAGCAUCUCCUAUAGGAAAAUUUCUGUUUUCAUCUUACAAUAUGUCAAACGAAUUAGAUUUUAUAGAUGCAUUAAGAAACGUAUUUUUAAAAUUUCAACAAGCAAAAGAAUUUAACUACGACAUCGCAUUCAAUGAAAAUUAUACUAAAAUUAUAGCAUCUCGUUUUCUUUUUCCAACAAUUAAUAUUAAAACUGAAUUUCAUGAAGCAUCUUUAAUGAUUGAUUCUUAUAAAAUAAUUGAUCAGUCGCCAAUAUCUUCUACCAUUUGCCGGGACAANAAAUUUCGACAUUUACAAUUAGCAUUUUUAAAUUUUGAAUCAUUAGAAGAUGAAAUGAAGGAAUAUUCUAGUGUAUUGCGUCCUUUAUCUGCUGUUGUUUUUAUGAUUGUAGCAACAUUUUCUUUCAUUAUUUGCAUGACAAAUGAUUGGAUAACGAGUAAACCUUGGCUUGGUUUAUCAGCAUGUAUUUCAGCAUUAUUAGCCAUAAUAAGUGGAUUUGGAUUUAUACUUUUUUGUGGACUGAAUUCUUUAGAUGUAAAUUUUGCCUUAAUGUUCGCUAUAUUAGAUAAACGUUUGUAA